AUUUUGGCCAACUUUUUAGCUUGCCGCUUUAGCUUGUUGUUCCCAUUCGCUUUUAUGACCUGACCGUGAAAUCAAUAAGCAUAAAAUAUUUAAAUCCGUGCGCUGGCAAAUUUAGCAUGACGGAAUAUACGGAGGUCUUGCCCCACAAUGGUAUAAUGGAUGGUAUCGCGUCGGGAGUGGGGGUUCCCGUGGAGGCCCUCCGACUGCUCCUUACGAUCUUGGCUGGUUAUCCCUUGGCCGCAUUUUAUCUGAAAUUCAUUGCACAGAUUUCUGAUAAAACCUUGCACCACAUUUUCUUUGCCGGAUGUGGCGCCGGGCUAUGCUACUUUAACUACGGCCACAACACAUAUCACUCCCUGGCGGCAAUACUGACCACCUAUUUCCUGGUACUCAUCCUGCGAAAGAAAGCACAAUUAUUCCUGACCCUCAAUUUUGUAUUCCACAUGAGUUAUCUUUUGCUGGGUUACUUCUUCACCUCCAGCAAUGAAUAUGAUAUUCUAUGGACAAUGCCUCAUUGCAUUUUGGUACUCCGAAUGAUUGGCUAUGGAUUUGAUAUCACCGACGGACUGAAAGAAGAAUCUGAGUUGUCUAAAGACCAGAAGGAAACUGCUUUGAAGGAACCACCUUCGCUUCUGGAACUCUUGGCCUUUGCAUAUUUUCCUAGUGGCUUUUUGGUUGGACCACAGUUUCCUUAUCGCCGCUAUCAGGCCUUUAUAAAUGGUCAAUUCCGUCAGCACGAGGGAAGUUUGGAGGCCGGCGUUCGUCGUUUUGGAGCUGGUGCAUUUUACCUAAUUGUUUGUCAAGUUGGAUUGAGAUAUCUCCCCGAUUCAUACUUUCUCACCCCGGAGUUUGCAGAAGUUCCGUUCAUCAAGAGGAUAUAUUACUUGGGCUUCUGGGCCAAGUUCAGUCUGUACAAGUACAUAUCUUGUUGGCUGCUCACAGAGGGAGCACUCAUCUGCAUAGGAUUGACCUACAAGGGAGAGGACAAGAAUGGAGAACCAGAUUGGUCCGGUUGCAGCAACGUGAAGCUAAAGCUGCUGGAGACAGGAAACACGAUGGAGCACUAUGUUCAAAGUUUUAAUGUAAACACGAAUCAGUGGGUGGGACAGUACGUCUACAAGCGUCUUAAGUUCCUUAACAAUCGCACGAUCAGCUAUGGCGCGGCUUUGGGUUUCUUGGCCAUCUGGCACGGAUAUCACAGCGGCUACUAUAUGACCUUCCUAAUGGAAUAUAUGGUCGUCAGCACUGAGAAACAGAUAACCCGGUUUUAUACAAAAGUGGUGCUGCCCAAGUGGGGCCAUAUCCUUAACAACUCAGACAUCUACAAGUUGCUGUACUUCAUCACCCUUAAGUCGUACAACAUAGUUUACAUGGGAUGGUGUCUCACCGCAUUUGUGUUUCUGAAAUACGAGCGAUGGAUUGUGGUGUACGGCGCGGUUAACUAUUACGGAUUCACUUUACUGUUCGUAUGGGCAGCCUUUUACCACACAUAUAACCACUUUUUCUGGAGCACUUCCCGAAAAGAAAUCGGCGAGAAGGAAAAUUUGGAAGUCAAAAACACGGAACAACAUAGUGAGGAAAAGAAAUCCGUAGACAAGAAGUCUGAUUAGAAAAGCGAAAUGUAGAAGAAAAUAACUGGCAGGAAGUUCUCAAAAUUUUAGUUUGCCUUGACAAUUGUUUGGAAUUGGUAUUAAUCACAGAAUCGAAUUGUUUUUACUAACCAAAUAAGGAGUUUUACCAAAUAAUAUGCCACUGUAAUUAGAGAUUUGUUAACUAGCUAUUCGAAAGCAAUUUUAUACAUAUAUAUCGUUUGCCUAGUCAAGGAGGAGUCAUCCCCAAGUAUGCAGUGUGCUUUUCGGCGAUAAGAUACUGUCUUAUCUUGCCCAAAAUCACACUGUCAGUCUUAUAAAUAUAUGUAUUAUGGAAUUGUAAAUUGUAUAAGUGUUAAAACCGUUUAGUUCAACUAGAAGAUCAAACAUAAGACUAUAACGAGACCAGGGUCAAUGAAAAUCAAACAACUUCUGUAACAGAUUUCUUGUAUUUGAAAGGAGAGCAGUAUCUGAGGAGACUUAACUAAGCCAUAAAGACAGUUUUAUACCAAUGCAAAGAUGAAUGCAAAGAUAUAUUUUGAUAUGCUCACGAUAAGUGCAAAUUUCAGUAAUGGAAAAGCGAAAUAAAUGCAAUGAAAUUAUUUUUAA